CUGGGUUUUCUUGUUUGCAGGGGCAGUUAAUCGUUGGAUGGUCAUGGAAAAGCUGAACUCAAAUCUGUACCUUCAGAACUGUUACAUAAUGAAAGAGAACGAGAGGCUGAGGAAGAAAGCACAGGUCCUGAACCAGGAGAAUCAAGCCCUUUUGUCCGAGCUCAAACAGAAACUCUCAAAGGCCAAGAAUUCAGCCAACACAAUCCCAGACCUCAAUCUCAGCUCCUCUUCUAACACGAAUCCUCCUAGUUCUAGCUAAACCUGGUCCAGCAGGAUUAGACAUCAUGACCCCAGCUUGUUUUUCAUUUUUUUUUUUUUUAAUGUAAAACCAUAGAUAGCCAAAUUGUACUGGUGGUAGUAUCUUUGUAUCAGGCUUAUAUUUCUCUAUUUUUCAUCAGUGGG